AUGCAAAAAAUCAUGGUUUAUCAAAAUAUUUUGAUUUUUUAUCUUUUUUACCACACCUGAGCUAUAAACUUUUCCCAUUUGGAUAACUCACCAGACCCUAUCGCUAAGGCUUAUUCUCAAAACUACAUAUCUUUAUUUAUUUAUGCUUGUGUUUCCGGCUGAAUUAAAUUGUAUUCAUUUUGACUAAUAAAUUUUCUACUCUUACCCUUGCUGCAAUUGAAAAAUCUAGCAAAAAUUGUUUUAUAUAAUUCUAUCUAUAAAAGUACAAAUUUAGUUUUCGAUUUAAUAAAGAAAAUUUCCCAUCCUGUAGAAAAUUUAAGCACAUUAUGCUUAUAA